AGGAGGAGAAGAAAAGGGGCUUGAGGGGGGUGUGGUUUUGGACAGGCUCUGUGGUUGGUCAAGGGGUCUGGCAGCAGGAAAACAGUAGCUGCAGGGUCACGGUUCUGCUGCAGUUUGUCCAGAACUUACCAAACCUCUCUGUAAGUCUAAAGCAGCAACCAGGAGCAGCCAUGCGGACGGCCCGGGCCCUGCCCUGGUUGUGGUUUUGGCUAUGUUGCUACGCCGACAAACAGGAGCAGCCGAGAAAGGGACUUGGACAGGAGUGUGGGUGGGCCGAAAAGGGAUGGUGCGACACCAGCCUGACCUGCGUCCCCGAGAUCUUCCCCAAACAUGGGGAGACGAGCGGCCCUUCAGUCUGCAGACCGGUACCCCAGUCUUCAGGCUGUGUCCCCUGUGCGGAGGUGCAGUGUCCGAAGGUGAAACGGCGGUGUCCGGGGGGUCAUGUGACCGAGCCGUGCGGCUGCUGCCAGCACUGUGCACGGCAGCGGGGCCAGGUGUGCGGGGGCCCGCACUGGGAGGGGGGCUACUGCGGCAGGGGCCUCACCUGCACCCUCUUUUUGGGACACGUGCCUGCCACACCCCCAGAAACCGGGGUCUGCAAAGCUCUCCCAGGGUAUCGGGUGAACCACCGGGCGGACCCUCACUGCCCCUGGCAGUGGGGUUGCAACAUUCGUGCGGGAUCCUGCGACUGCUACGGGAUACAGACCUGCCAUAAGGUCUUCUUAUACCGCAGCAGGAGGGACUGCCUGAACAGCAUGCACGAUGACUGGCGAUACGCAGGCAAGACGGAACAGGAGCAGAAGGCAGCCCACGGGUGCACGAAAUAUGGCUGUGAGAUUCAAGGAGAUGAGUGCGUCUGCAUGAGGAGAAGCUGCUUUUCAUUGCCACCCUUCCGCUUUCAAGACGACUGUGAGAAGCAGCUGGAGCAGACCAGGUGUGCCAACGUGAGCUGCCCCACCGUUCCAGUUCCUUCCUGCCCCCCAGACUCCUUCCUGACGGCUCCUUACACUCCACUGCAUCAGUGCUGCCCUCUGCUGCCUGCCCUGUGUACCUGCGCCUUUGAGAGAUGCCCCGCCGAACCGACAGACUGCCCCCCAGGCCAUCGUGCCCACAUCGUCACCAGGGGCGACGGCCACCCGGGCACCUGCUGCCACCGUUACUUGUGCAGACGAGGAGAGGAGGAGUCAGCUACACAGAAGAGGGAGGAAGAAGAGGACUGAACACACUCCCACAAGGACUCCACUGCAUUCCCACUAACUACAAUUUCAACCUGGUUUUGUGUUUUUAGCAGUUGCAAUAACUACCAUUGUCAGUAUUAUUUCUUUAUCAUUAUCUGCUGUUUAUGUUUUCUUAUUCAGAUCAUUGUUUAUGGUGGCCAAUGUAUGGUUAUCACUGUUAUUAUAAUGAGCUAUUUGUAAAUCAUACAGAAUUGUCUCUUAGAGAGCAGACUCAGUAGACAAGUUGCAACUUUAACCAAGGCUGGUAUUUGGGGGGGGUUUCAUGUUUAUGAACGGUUUCAUCACUUCAUGCAGUGCUUCAAGUUUUCUCAAUCGCUCAAUAAAUACUUUUA